AUGAGCUUCCUAUGGCACGUUAUAUCCAGGGGAGAGAUAGCAGUAGAUCAUUCCAAGGUAGAGGCAGUGAUGAGUUGGGAGAGUCCUAAGUCAGUGUUUGAGAUUAGGAGUUUCCUUGAUUUAGCAGGUUACUAUCGUAGGUUCAUAGAGGGUUUUUCUAAGCUAGCCUUACCUUUGACGAAGCUCACUCGUAAGGGUCAAGCUUUUGUGUGGGAUGCCCAGUGUGAGAGUAGUUUUCGUACCCUUAAGGAAAGGUUGACUACUACACUAGUUUUAGCGUUACCCAACUCGAGCAAACCCUUUGUGGUGUAUUGUGAUGCAUCCAAGAUGGGUUUAGGUGGAGUGCUUAUGCAGCGGGUCCAGGUGUCUGCUUUAAUGGUUAGAGAGUUAGACCUUCUAGAGCAGUUUAGAGAUAUGAGUUUAGCAUGUGAGAUCACCUUUGGUAAUAUUAAGUUGGGUAUGUUGAUAGUCACCGGUGAGCUCUUGAGCAAGAACCGUGAGGGUCAGAAGUUUGAACCAUUAUUGUCAGCCUAG